AUGUUUAAUUUGGAUUCAACACCGUUGAAUGAUACGAGCCUUUUCGGACAAUCGACACCUGUAAAUUUGCAUCGAACCGAAGGUAGUUUUCUAUUUGGCAAUACGAGCACAACACCAUUCUUGUCAUCAAAUUUACGCGGAACAACCAACAUUCCUAAGACGUCACAAGUUGAAACUACUACUUUUCACAAAUAUGUAUCAACUGGUGGCCUCGAUAAAGCCAAUAAAAAUCUUAUGCAAACAUCAUACCAUACAAAACUAUCUAAUGAUUUUGGCUCCGAUACAUUGAAAGACAAUCAGAAAAAUGCAUCUACAAUUAUACCAACAAGCACACCAACGACCUCAUCACGAUUGACUUCGUUUCUAUUUGAUAAUAAAUCAUCCACAAAACCUAUAACAGCAUUGCCACUUGAAAACAAUCAACCUUCAACAUCGACUUUUACACCUGGUACUUCAUCAUUCGUCCCACUCGCGACAACGGCAAAUUUAUCAUUCAAUUUUUCAUUAUCAAAAAAACCAGUAAUUACAUCAUCAACAAAUACUACGCCUAUUCCUGUUUUAUUUUCAACCAUGAAUCAAGCAACAACAUCGUCCGUUGAUUUACAAUCAUUUCGAACAAUGCUUAAUACACAACCAUUUGAUAAUGAAUCGGCUUUUCUUGCACGGCACACUAAGACAAAUAUCACUCACGAUGAAGCUCGUCUUCGCUCAACACUUAAUACAUCAACUUCUCCUCCGAAAACUCAUCUGUUUUCAUCAAUGCUCAGGAAGCCUAUUGUUCUAUCAUCAAAUACAAAAUCUAAUAAACGAAAAUUAGUUGAUUCGUUUAUUGACAAUGACAACGAUAAUAAUUCAUCCAUUUUCGAUGAUGGUCCUUGUUCAACAUUUAAAAUUCCAAAAUUAACUAUUAAACGUCCACGUUUACUUGAUAUGAAUAAAAUUCGUUCGAUUGUUCUUGGAACACAUGAACCGUCUAGUGAAACAAUUUUUGAUAAAUCAUUAUCAUCAUCAUCAUUAAUAUCGGACAAAGCUAUUGGAUGGAAAAAAUUUCCCACAUAUGAAGAAUACAUUUCAUCAAAAAAUAGAGAUCGAAAACAAGAGCAACAACUAGUUCGUUUACCAAAAUUAACACAUAAAGAUUACUAUACAAAACCAACCAUUGAAGAAUUACGUUCUUCAUGUAAUGAAAAUGGUCAAUGUUUCGUCAAAGAAUUUACUAUUGGCAGAAAACAUUAUGGUUCGGUGACAUUUCGUGGAUUACAUAUGAAUUUAGCUGGACUUGAUCUUGAUCGUAUUGUUGAAAUUGGCCGUCGGCAAGUAACCGUUUAUCCAAAUGAAGAAGAUAGGCCAGCAGAAGGUGAAGAAUUAAAUUGUCAAGCUAUAAUAUCAUUAUUAGGUGUCUAUCCAAUUGAUCGUUUGAUAUCGAAUAGUAAUGAAGAAAUUACUGACCCAGAUCGGUUAAUUGAUAUGAACUAUGGAAAAUACUUAGAACAAAUAACAAAAAAAUUUCAUGGAGAAUUUAUUGACUAUGAUGUUUAUACAGGGACAUGGUCAUUUCAAAGGCAUCAAUGUAAUAGGAUGUCUGUAAAUUUAGCUGCACAAGAAAAUGACCCCUUUUAUAAAAAACAACCUAUUCGAACACGUAAAAAGCGUUUACAAGAAUCUUCACGGCUUGGACAAAAAAAUUUUCAUCCUGAACUUGAAGCAUUACCAUUAUUAAAAGAAACUACUGCUGAUCAACAAGAAAAAUUAUUUGUUGCUAAAUUAAAACAGUGUUGUGUUGUUUUUGAUUUCGCGGAUUGCGUGAGCGAUCUGAAAAGUAAAGAAAUAAAACGUGCAUGUCUCAACGAAAUUGUUGAUUAUAUAACGGUGACAAGAAAUUGUCUAACCGAAAAUGUUUAUCCAGAAGUGAUCACAAUGGUAUCAACGAAUUUAUUUCGUAUUUUACCGCCCAUUGGUGCUGAUGGUGUAUCGGAUGAGACAGGUGCUGAAGAUGAAGAACCAACAUUAGAAGCAUCGUGGCCACAUACACAAAUUGUCUAUGAAUUUUUUUUACGAUUUUUAGAAUCUAUUGAUUUUCAACCUAGUAUAGCAAAAAAAUAUAUCGAUCAAAAAUUUGUCUUACAAUUAUUGGAAUUAUUUGAUAGUGAAGAUCCACGCGAACGAGACUUUCUAAAAACAAUUCUUCAUCGUAUCUAUGGAAAAUUUCUCGGCUUAAGAGCAUUCAUUCGAAAACAAAUAAAUAACAUCUUUCUCAGGUAUAUUUAUGAAAACGAACGUUUUAAUGGUAUUGCUGAACUACUUGAAAUACUUGGAAGUAUAAUUAAUGGUUUUGCUGUACCACUUAAAGAAGAGCAUAAAGUAUUUCUUGGGCGUGUACUUAUACCGUUACAUAAAGCUCAUUCAUUGAGUAUGUUUCAUCCACAACUAACUUAUUGUGUUGUACAAUUUAUUGAAAAAGAUCCAGCACUUGGCGAGCCGAUUAUCAAAGGUCUACUCAAAUUUUGGCCAAAAACUUGCUCAACAAAAGAAGUUUUAUUUCUUAAUGAACUAGAAGAAAUUCUUGAUAUAAUCGAUGGACAAAUAUUUAAAAAUGUUUGUACACCACUUUUUAAACAAAUUUCGCGAUCAGCAACAUCCUCACAUUUUCAAGUAGCAGAAAGAUCCUUAGCUCUAUGGUCAAAUGAGUAUGUUGUGCAAUUAAUCGAAGAAAAUUUAGAACAAAUACUACCAAUUCUUCUUCCACCAUUAUGUCGAAUAUCUAAAACACAUUGGAAUACAAAUAUAAUAACAUUAACAUACAAUCUAUUGAAAACUUUAAUGGAUAUUAACAAAAAAUUAUGUGAUGAUGUAUUAAAUACAUUACGCGAUGAUGAACAAAGAUCCAUGGUUAAAGAACAAGAUCGAUUAAAUUUCUGGAAAGAGCUCGAACAACUGAGCUCAGAUAAGCAAAAUGAAUGA